AAACUUCUUUCAUGCAUCCGACAUGGAGGACCACCCAAACUCUCGAUAUAGCGGCUGGGUGGAGUAUUGGGUGGACUUCAAGAAGGGUGUAGCGGACGGCAAUCUUAUCCAGGUUAUGGAAGAACCCCUUUACUACCAUGAGACGACGUCCCGGGUUAUUCGGAACGAGCUCGCUCUCUUCAAGCAAUUAGUUGAGCCUUUGCGUCUCCAGUGGGAGAACGAAACAUUGACGACUGAAGACAUGAAGAAGUUUAUCGAGACCCUCCUGGAGAUGCAUGGGAAUUUCGUGGUAUAGAAGAUCAGAUAUCUCGAAUGUACUUCGGGCCUUGGUAGAAGAGUCCAAAAUAGGGAGGCUGCGUGAGAUAUGGCGGUUGGGCAUGCCACUGUUCUUUUCAAACUGCUGGCGAUCUAACAGGGCAUCUCAUAUUGUAGGCUGUCCGGGUUGACACCUGGGAGUGGACUCGGGGUAUGAUUUCCGGACUGAUUAUGAUUGGAGUUUGGAAAGCAUUGGGUGGUAAUCGUUCAUGGCGUUUGGAAAUCUCGGGUAGGCGUUGGUCGUUUUUUAUUACGUUUGGAAAUGCAUCUGAAGAGUGUCAGCAUAUGGUUCCAGA